UCCAUGGACCUCAGUCUGGGAACCACUUUUUUACUCUGCAUCCAGAUCCACUAAAGUUAAACCUUAACCCAUUGUAAUGGUAUUUUAAUACAUUCUUGGUCAGGUCAGAGUCGAGAAGGACUUGUGUCAACAAAACGGUCGGUGCUAAUCUUCACUGCAGGCUCCAGUGUCUGAUAUCAACAGGCCCCGGAGACACGUCCCGUUCACACCGCGCGUAGCCACGGGAGAGUGAUGGUGCUCCCGAGAAGUCCUAGGAGCGGAAUUACAAUUUCUCAGCGUACAUUCAAACACACAGAGGCUCCGCAGAGAGGAGGAGACGAGGAGGACGCCUCCGUUCACCCCUCCAUUCACCAAUCCGCUCAGUAGGCUAAUCGCUCUCCGCCGCUUGGACCUCCCGAGAGCCCCCUACCAGCCUGAGCGGAGGCGCGAGACAGCACCACGAGCUUCGGCGGCAGCGGCCGUGUACGACGUUCGCACGCGCAUACCGGUGAGAGGGGGGGGCAGCUGGGAAUGACGCUCAGCGUGAGGAGAGAGAAAAAAGAGCCCGUCUGUCAGUGUUAUUCCCCGGCGUGGAUGUAGAGAGACAGGGAGAGAGAGGACCACCGCAAAACUCUCCUUUUCAGCCGCUGACUGAACGCUUUUGACCGAGGGUCCUCCCUGGUUGCUGAUCUGAAGCUCUGGUCCUUAUAUCUGGCUGGAGUAGACAGCCGCCCCCCUUCAGUGAAGAGCACCAUGACCCAGGAGGGGCAGGCUCUGCCCUCUCCCACCCCACCAGAGAGCCCAGUGGAGCCAAACACAGCCACCAGCGACCCACCCACGGAGACACACAGCCAGGCAGAGCAGGACAGGCUGGGUGCCGGGGCAAAUGACGAGAUAGAGGAGAGGAAACAACAAGAAGAGAUCAGAGAGGGAGAGGAGGAGGCACACAGAGAGACACACAGGGAAGGAGAGAGGAGGGAGGAAGUAAAGGAUGAGGGAGAAGAGGGUGAGUUAAAAGAGGAGAGGGUUAACGGCACUGGUGAUGAGGAUCAACAGACAGAUGAAGGGGCGGAAGGAGAGAGGGAAGGGACGAGAGCGGAAGGAUGUAUAAAUGUAGAGGUAAGCUCAACGGGGGAGGAGGGAACACAUGAGGUGGAGGGGAUGAAAGAAGACGAGGAGGGGAAGGAAAAUGAAGGGACGCAACCGGCUACAGAUGAGGAGGCAACUCACUCUCAACAAGCUGGACGACUGGCAAAUGGCAUAGGUGGGAACGAAGACGACAAUGAAGCGGGCGAGGUGGACGAUGGAGGAGACGAGGAGGGGACUCCCACACACUUGGACACUUUCAGCUCUAACUUUGAGUCGACUGUAGAACAGGCGGACACAGAGGUAGAGGAAGAGGAGGAAGAGGUCCAGAAAGAGGGAGACGGGAGAGAAAACCAGGACACUUUCAGCUCAGCGUUUGAGCAGAUUGUUGAGCAGGUUGAUGCUCAGGAGGAGGAAGAUGAGGAGGAGCAGGAGGAGAGGGAGAAGGGUAGGGUUGACAACAAAGACGGCUUCAGCUCCACGUUCGAGCGCAUCGUAGAGUCUGCCCUGCUGAGGGGCGGGACCUGCUACAGCAGCCUGGACUCUCUGGACGUGCUGUCGCUCACAGAUGAGACGGACAGCUGCGUCAGCUUCGAGGCGCCACUGACGCCGCUCAUCCAACAGAGGGCGCUGUUACAGGGCCCUGAACCCCUGGAGCUGGAGCUGGAAACGGUGCAGGAACAAGAAGGAGCUGAGGCUGGGCCAGAGGCCGGGGAGAGCACUCUCUGUGAAGCUGGAGCUGUGGCUGGAGUAGGAGGAAGCCCGCUGAGGACCACCAUACCGGGGAGCAGGUCAGAGUUUGUGCUGAGCCAGCCCGGACGCUGGGCCAUGCCUAACGGAUACCACAGCGACUCCCGGGGAGCCGUGGAAGGUUGUGGAGCCAUGAUCAACUCUGUCAGUGAUGCCAACCUCCCAGACGUGCUGUCUGACUCAGAGGAGUGUGAUCUGGGCAGUCUGGAGCGUUUGGAGCGCGGCAGCACCGACACUCUGGCCAACGGCUGCCGAGCCGACUGCGAGGCCGCCAAGAGGCUGGCCAAGCGCCUCUAUCACCUCGAGGGCUUCAAACGCUGUGACGUGGCCAGACACCUGGGCAAGAAUAAUGAGUUCAGCCAGCUGGUGGCAUCGGAGUACCUGAGCUUCUUUGAUUUCUCCGGCCUUUCGCUGGAUCGAGCCCUGAGGAACUUCUUAAAGGCCUUUCCACUGAUGGGAGAGACCCAGGAGAGAGAGAGGGUCCUUGUCCAUUUCUCCAGACGCUUCUGCCACUGCAACCCACAGACACUUACCUCUGAAGAAGGCCAGAGCCACGAAGAAUACGAUGGCGAUGACGACAACGACGAUGGAGCCCACACAUUGACCUGCGCCCUUAUGCUGCUCAACACCGAUCUACACGGACAUAACAUUGGGAAGAAGAUGUCUUGCCAACAGUUCAUCAGUAAUCUCGAUGGCCUCAACAAUGGCAAAGACUUCCCUAAAGACUUAUUAAAGGUCUUGUAUAACUCAAUCAAGAAUGAGAAGCUUGAGUGGGCAGUUGAGGAGGAGGAGCUGAGGAAGAGUCUGUCAGAGCUGGUGGAGGAGCAAUGUGAGGGUGGGAGUAAGCGUGUUGCCAGGGUAACGGACGGCCAUAACCCUUUCAUCGCCAUUCCCAUUCUCUUAAAUGCUGUCACCUACAAACAUGGAGUGCUGACCCGCAAGAGCCAUUCGGACAUGGACGGCAAACGCACUCCGAGGGGUCGCCGUGGUUGGAAAAAGUUCUACGCGGUUCUGAAGGGGAUGAUCUUGUAUCUCCAAAAGGAUGAGUACAAGCCUGACGCCGACAUUUCCGAGGUGGACCUGAAGAAUGCAGUGCGGAUCCACCACGCUCUAGCCACUCGUGCCACCGACUACAGCAAGAGAGCCAACGUGCUGAAGCUCAAAACCUCAGACUGGAGAGUCUUCCUGCUGCACGCCCCUAGUGAGGAGGAGAUGUUAUCUUGGAUCUUUCGGAUAAACCUGGUGGCAGCGCUGUUCUCCGCCCCGGCCUUCCCCGCCGCCAUCGGCUCCAUGAAGAAAUUCUGUCGGCCAAUCCUGCCGUCCUCAUCCACCAGACUCAAACAGGAGGAGCAGCUACUGAGUCACGAGAGCAAGCUGAAGCAGAUGAGCCUGGAGCUGGAGGAGCACCGGAAAAACUCGCCCUCAGCCGACCCCAAAAGCCGCGAGUGGGAGGAGUACCGGCUCAAGGAGCACUACCUCACGUACGAGAAGACUCGGUAUGAGACCUACAUCAGCCUGCUGCAGGCCAAAAUCCGCGCGGAGACGGACGACCUCGAGAAGAUCGAGGCCAGCGUGAUGGCGGGCCUGAUCAUGGAGGGUGGCCUGGCCGGCCGCGAGUGCCUCCUCCGCAAGACACAGUCCUCCCCGUCCAUCAGUCAGGCUCAGGGCGGGCUGAACGGGAAGGCCGCUGGAUGCACUGCCCCAGGACAGAGGAGCUGAGGGGAGGAAGGAGGACCAGUGACCCCAAAGCACACCAAACAACAUCCCUCCAAGCCAAACUAGCUUAAUCCUCCACUUCGUACUGGGUUUUUUGUUAGUAUUUAGUGUUUUGGGCUCCUCCAUUCCUCCUGUUGUACUUACAGUAAGAAGGUGGAUUGCAACAGGAGGAAUGACUCACUGUCCUUCGUAGAAUUUAUCAACCCUGGUGAUAAGUUUCUGUCCUUGAGCAAUAGAUGAAGAUGAAGAGCCCGUGCUCGAUGCCCAACAGGUGACCCUGCCAAACCUCAGACCUUUGAACUUUUACUAUUGCACAUGAAAAUGAUCAUUAGUGUGAUCACUAUUUAUAACAACAUCAUCAGUAUUAUUUUGUAACAAGACUCAGAGCGAUGCACGUGUCUUUAGUUGAAAUGUGUAUUUAGUCAUGAGCAGAGCUUUGAGUCAUUAAUAAUGUCUUAGUUUAAGGCCAGAAAGAGAACAAAGAAGGAGAGACGGACUGGUUUGCCUUUGUCCUCUCUGUCCUGUCCUCGUCCUGCAGUCCAGGAGGCAGGCAGUGAUUCAGAUGGAGACGGUACUACUGUAGCAUUUUGGCCUUUUGUUUCCCACUCGUGUUUACCCACCCAGCCACUCACAGACGUGUGCAUGGACCUACGGAAUGGGCGGGGUGUGGGGUGUGAAGAUGCAACAUAUCUAUCCCAGAGUUACAAAAACUCUCCAUGAGAACUUCUCAGAAGGAUCAUGUCCCUGUCAUGUAUAGCAUAUUUAUUUAUUUAUUUAAUUCUCAAACCAUUAUUUACCCCAGGAAGGGUUAACACUGAGCAUGCUCGCUCUUUUUCAGACAUUUCCAUUUGAUGUUCAUACAGCUACAUCCAUUUGUAAGGGGCUGCCGAGACUGUUAGCUAAGCUGCUCCACCGGAGGAACUGGAGGUUGAGUGCCUUACUCAAGGCCACCUUGACACUAGAUGUUGAGGGAUUUAGAGAGUGUUAGUCAGUCACUUGUCAGAGAGAUCUGUGUCUGGGACUUGGAAGCUGCCGUUACCCCAAAUACUGACAUGUAUUCAAUUAUCCUGUAUGUUUUUCCAACCAGUCAAAUCUGACCUGAAGAGGAUAUCUGUAUGUGACUGAAUGAAAGCACUGUGCCAUGUUCUGUUUUAUCCCACAAACUUGUCUUAUAUCAAGGUAGAGUGCACCAAAUGUAACAAUAUACGGUUGGGUGGGAGGUUUCCGCCGGGCAUUAGAGGAAGGUGUGGGUGGGAGACAUACCAUGAGUAGGUCAGCCGGUGAAUGUGUGUGUGCAUUGGCAUGCUCUUUUUAAGCAGUUGAGUGGUUGAAGCAGUAGGCAACAGGAAGAAGUAAAUAUAGCAGGUUCAUGUUUUUCUAUGAAGAUUUUUGAACAUGUUUGGUGACAAACAAUCUGAUGGCCUUCUGCUGAAUAAGACUCCACAGUCAGGCCUGGAGCUCUCAAAAGCAUCUUCAGCACAAAGGCAGACAUCUUCCUUUUGAAAAAAUAUAUACAUUUAAUUCCCAAAACAGAACAUCUAAUCAAUCUCUGUUCUGAUUUAUAACAUGUUACAUGGACCUUGCUUGGCCUUGUAUUAGACAUUUACUAGUACUGGUAUAUUCCUUUGAUUGCCAUCCAUCCUAACAGUGGAAGAUGUUUUUUGGAGAGCAGGACCUGGCCUAUCUUAGACAGAGACUGGCUUAUUGGAGAGUGUAGCAGCAGGUCUGCUCCAGCUUAACACGAUCAAGUCAGGAAACCUGUCAGCCUACUGGGAUGGAGAAGGGAACAGCAGCAAAACAACUCCACCAGCAGAGUAGCAAUCAGAACAUCCUCCACAAGGCGGGAGGAGGAGAAAAGACUCGUUUUCUAAGAAGAACAGACUGCUUUGGUUUUCUAAGUAAGACGGCCUCUGCCAGCCGAGAACAAGCAAAACACACAUCCAGCACACGUUUGUCCAAACUGGGAACACAGCAUAUGAAGCCUGUUUCUAAUGGGAGGAGGAUGAGAGGAGUGGGGAUGUGGUGGCAGGGGUGGUGGUACCGCUGUUUGUGAGCACCUUAAUUGAUUCCAAGCCACCCACACACACACACACACACACACACACACACAUUUUCUCUUUCUGCGUAAUUUGCUUAUGACACAACUGUAGAUCAGUGAGCUUAGUUCUCCUUCACUCAGCCUCAGUGUGGCACAGAAGCAUGUUGACAUAACCAGAGCUGUGGAUAUCGACAGUACAUGAUAUCUUUGCUCUGGACACAGCGCUUCUGUUGCUUCGUAUAUCACAUUAAUAGUGACUGACAGGAUCUGAGAUCCUUUUGGGACUUGGCUGGACACCUGGAAUCAGCUGGAAUCCUGGAACCGGAUCCUUGUACAGACCAAAAUGCUGAAGCAGAGUUGAGUUUAGAGAGAGGAAGUCCCAUUUUCUAAAGCCGUAUUGUUAGGAUGAAUAACUGAUUUCUUACAGGGAGACUUCCCCUUAUAGUCACUUUGGCUGUCGUGCUAACCAUUGUUUCCCCAUGUUCUAGGGUAGGCCUGUGCUGUAAUCUAGGAUUGUGACAAAAAAAAAUAUUUCUUGAUUGUUCUGUUUUAUUUAAAAAAUGAAAACUUCGGCACUUUGAUGUCAGCAUUGAAUCUGUCUUUUUGUUUGUUUUGUUUGUAUAUCUGAACUGUUCUUUGACAGGAUGCAUAUACUAUGUAAAGGACAUAUUUACUGAAUAUUUAGUCUGUGCUUCAUAAAGUAAGCUUUUAUACA